GGCCUUACGUGAUUGUGGUUGGUGAAGUAGUGGUGCAAUAAGCAAUAGGCAAUAAUAACAUAACAAACGAACUCACGUUACCCUUCCGUAGGCAAAGAAGGGACACGUUUUCUCAGCUUUAUUUACUUUUCAGUCCUUUGUAUAUUAUUUACUUUUUUGUUUUUCGCUUUCCGGAAUUCAAUAUUUAAAACAUGUCUGCAAAAAAUACCUCUUCUGUGAUAGCAUGGGGUGGAAAACCUGUUGAAAACCUGGCCAGUGAUGUUUCCUUUACCGACGUCAUGUCGGAAGACCUAGCAAAGAAUUUGCAAAUAAAGGAAGAUUUGUCCCAAUGGCCAGAACUAGCGGGAGAAGAUGUGAAGAGUCAAGCAUGUGGGAGCACACCAGUACAAGAAACAGUAAGUGAUGAAAUGUUGGCGCAGCUACUCCAACUGCAGUUUGAUCAAGAGUAUGAUAGAGCUCUCGGCAAAGAGGAAGCAAAAUAUAAUGGCACUUCUAAAGUUGGUGUUUCUCUCUCCAAUUACCGUAAGAUCCCUAAGGGAAGUCUUUUGGAUGAAGAUUCUGAUUCAUUUGAUGAUGAUGAAUGGGAUAAGGCACAUCCUGACUGGGAUAGUUUUGAAUCAGCUGAAAAAGAAUCCCCUACAAUUUCAAAAUUGGGGUACGCAAAAAAAGGAGGAGAGAUCAUAACGAAACAUGACACCGUCAUCACGGGCCGGAAGAAUGCUUGCAAAGCGAUGGAGCUGGAACAGCUAAAGAUCGGGGACGGUGGCGGUUUUGAUAUGAUGUUGAGCAACAAGGUGUACAACAACCUGAAAGCGUUUUCGCACCAAGAGCAGAAAAGGGCGGCCCGUUUGAAUGAUAAACACGAGAAGGCUACUGCUACUAUGGCCAUUGAUCCCCGCAGUCGUCUGAUACUCUUCCGCUUGGUCGACAACAACAUAUUGGAACGCAUCAAUGGCGUCAUCAGUACCGGCAAGGAGGCCGUCAUUUUGCAUGCCGAGGGCGGCAAAAGCGAAGAGGUUAUUGUUCCAGGCGAAUGUGCCAUCAAAGUGUUUAAGACUACCUUGAACGAAUUCAAAACACGCGACAAGUACAUCGCCGAAGACUACCGUUUCAAAAAUAGAUUCUCGAAGCAAAAUCCACGCAAAAUCAUUCACAUGUGGGCGGAGAAAGAAUACCACAAUCUUGCUAGGAUGCGCCAAGUCGGUUUGCCUUGUCCUGAUGUUGUUUUACUCAAGAAACACAUCUUGGUCAUGUCUUUCAUAGGCCAAGGAGGUCGACCUGCGCCAAAGCUUCGUGAAGCGGCUCUGUCAGCUGCGGAGGUGGAUUUGGCCUACAGUCAAACAGUUUCUCUGCUACAUAAAAUGUUUAAUGAAUGCCACCUGGUCCACGCUGACUUAUCCGAGUAUAACAUUCUUUGGCACGAGAAACAGUGUUGGCUCAUCGACGUCAGCCAGGCUGUAGAACCGUCACAUCCUCAUGGAUUAGAAUUUCUGUAUCGCGACUGCACCAACGUCUCAAACUUUUUCCGUCGAUUAGGAGCCAAAGAUGCCGCUUCUCCCACGGAACUUUUCGCAUCUGUGAGUGGUUUCAGCGUUGAUGGACUGGAGGCAGACGUUCUGAGCCAGAUCCGCGAUUACGAGCGUAACGAAGAACAUUUGACCGUCAGCCAUCCAAACCAAAAGCUCUACCCGUUCGAUUAUUGUUGGCAAAAAUCCCAAGAGGCUCGAGGUCAGCAGGAAGAACUGCGGCAGGAAGAAGGAUCACCAGAAGAAGAACAGGAGAACCUUUAAUCGUCCGCAGCAAUGUCAAAAACUAUUUCAUUUUUUCUUAUUUCUUUUCCUUUUGAUUGAUGUGUGGCUGUUGUUGUGAACGUUUAAAACAUUGAUGGUUACACGGUGACAAUUAAAAGAUAAAACUUU